AUGUCUACCGAUCUUUCUAAGCUCAAUGUCCUCAUGUGUGGCACGGGUGAAUAUACCACAGGGUGGACUGGUGCUGGUGCUUCAAAAUCAGACAAAAAGAUUGGGGUUGUCGGACUCACCCUUUUUGAUCUUAAAAGGCUGGGGAAGGUAGACCACCUUGGGAUGGUUGGUGUUAACGGCGGGAAGUUUCCCGCCAUCAGAAAGCAUCUCACUGAGAACAUUGGUGGCGCCUAUAAAGAUAUGGAUGUCUCCUUUGAGGAAUUUCCCAAGGACGGCAAAGUUGACCCAGAAGCUUAUAAAGCUGCCAUUGAUCAGAUGAAGCCGGGGGAUGCGGCCAUCAUCUUUACCCCUGAUAGUACCCACUACCCUAUUGCCAUUUAUGCCAUUGAGCGCGGUAUACAUGUUUUACUCACUAAACCAGCCACCCAAAAGCUGGCCGACCACACCGCCCUCAUCGAAGCUGCCAAGAAGCACAACGUCGUGUGUUUCGUAGAGCAUCACAAACGCUUCGAUCCCGCUUACAGUGAUGCCAAGGCGCGGGCGCAAACCCUGGGCGAAUUCAAUUUCUUUAACGCAUGGAUGAGCCAACCAAAGAGUCAGCUCGAGACUUUCCGAGCUUGGGCUGGCAAGGAUUCGGAUAUCAGUUACUACUUAUCUUCGCAUCAUAUCGAUAUUUGCUGCUGGAUCCUGCAGGACAUUGCAGUACCCACCCGCGUUGUCGCGAGUGCUGCGACCGGAAUCGCAACAAGCGAGCCGUAUAACUGUGUCCCACAGACGGAAGACACGAUCACACUCCUGGUCGACUGGCAGUCGAUCAAGAGCCAGACUCAUCGUGGUACUGCAGUGUACACAGCUAGCUGGACAGCUCCACUCAAGGCCGGAGUGCACUCAGCGCAACAGUGGUACUAUAUGGCGGAGAAGGGAGACAUUACUGUCGACCAAGCGCAUCGGGGCUAUGACAUCACUAACGACGAGACAGGAAAAACAUGGUACAAUCCAUUCUAUAUGAAAUACUCGCCGUCGGAGACGGGGCAUUUCGACGGGCAGCGUGGAUAUGGAUACAUUUCGAUCGAGAAGUUUGUCGAUGCUGCACGUAGUGUAAACGCGGGCCUGGCGCAACCCUCCGAGUACGACAACCACGGCCUUCCAACCAUAGCUAACACUGUGUUGACGACUGCUAUUUUGAAUGCUGGCCGAAUCAGCUUGGACGAGAAGAGACCCGUCGCUAUCAAGAAUGAGGGGGGGCAGUGGAUCUUGGAGUAG